AUGGAAGCUCCUGCAGAAGCUUGUUUCAUCCAUUACUUCCCCAAGUUAUCCUCUACUCUUUCUUCUCAUGAGUCUGUUUUGGAACAAGGCAAACGUCUUUGCUUCGAAGCUAAUUGUAUACUUGUUUCCUUUAUGUCGAGGAGCCAAUCUUCUCAUCGGCAGGAUAAUAGGACCGUUUUUUGGUCUCCGCCUCUUUCAAAUUUGUGCAAGAUUAAUACAGAUGGUUCUCGUAAAACAGGAAACGGAGUUGCGACUUGUGGGGUUGUCCUCCGAUCCUCGAAUGGACGGAACUAUGGGGUAUUUUAUGAAGGUCUCUCACAUGCAUGGAAUCAUGGAGAACGACAAGUUAUGGUAGAAGCCGAUAGCUUGAAAGUUAUUCGGAUGCUACAGGGGAAAACCAAGAGAGGUUCAUUCUUAUCUCUUCUUGACCGAGUUGUUGAAUUAUUAAAUCGGAAAUGGAUUGUUACUUUGAGUCAUAUAAAUUGGGAGGCGAAUAAGGAAGUCGACAAGUUGGCGAGGAUCGCUGCUGGACGAGGAGAUACUCAGUUGAUAUUUUAUAGUCCACCGCCGGAGGUUUUUAGUUUAAUACAAGAGGAGUCCACUGCGUGUAACUUAGAUGUAGAGAUCUAA